AUGCCUCCCAUCCGCCCGCUUCGACCCAACCUCCGAACCCCCAUCCCCAUCCCCCUCGUCAAAGCGUCCUUCGCGUCCCGCCAUCCCGCCUCGACCCGCGCCAUCCACACGACCCUCGCUUUCCGCGCCAAAAACCAACUCCACGCCCCAAUCCGCAGCCCCGACUCCUUCCACACGUACCUAUCCCUGUCCUGGUCCUCGCGCACACCGCUCCUCACUCUCUGGACGGCAUCGUGGUGCCCGACCUGCCGCGCCGUGCUCCCCCUGCUGCAGUCUCUGGUCGAGUCGGGCGUGGGCGAGCCCGAGGGCGGCGUGGCCUUUGCCCCCGUCGAGUUUGACAGCCCCGACGUCAUGGCUGGCUCGCUCGCCAUGACGUACAUGAUCACGUCUGUGCCCACGCUGCUGAGCUUCGACGCCGGCGAGGCUCAGACGACGACGAGGGUCGCCGACGGGCGCCGCCUCGCGGACCGCCAGUUCCUCACGGCCUGGAUCCAGGGCGAGGCGCGCCGCCGGGGCGGUCGAGGAGGAGGCGGAGGCGGAGGCGUGGGCGGCCUCUGGCGUUGA